CAUCCGCCGUCACUCUACUUCCGGCUCUUCAGGUUCGGGCACCUGGAAGAACAACCCGAUAGUCUCCCCCUUACCCACUGCCAUUGCCUGAGUGACCACGGGGGGGCUCCCAAAUCCCACCUUCUCUGCCGCUGGACAGAGCCACAUUCAACUUUUGACUGGAUCCUCCGGCUCUUCAGUAUGCAGGUAAUCAAGGAGGCAUUUUCAAUAAAAUGGAAAAGAUACAAGUAUGUUGGAUGGAGCUGGAUACUACAAACUGACAGGUGGAGAGGCCAAAGGCCUUGCCCUGCUGGUUCAGAGACACAACAGGGGGAAGUGUUGACUCUGCUCAAUUGUGUCCGAGUUGCUGCCAAGGGGAUGAGUGAGGAAGAGGCUGUGUCUGGAAGUGGAAAUUUCAGAAGACUAAGAACAUUGUUCUGCCUCAUACAGCUGGUUGAAGCCAGGUAAUCACAAUUUAUACUCCAAAACCUAGUCAAAUCCCAAGGAGAUAAGUUUCAUUUUCUUAAGGGAAAGGCAAAACAGCCAGGGGCAUUUACCAUCAUGGAGACAAAGGGUCCUAACAAUCCUCAGGAGAGACCCAUGCCCCCUCACAGUAGAAGGGCUACAAUGGAAAACAAUUAUUCAUUAAUAUAUGCUGUUAAGAAUAAAGAUGUCAAUCAGAUUGAGCAAUUGCUGAAAAUAGGGGCCAAUGUCAAUUUCCAGGAAGAGGAAGGGGGCUGGACACCUUUGCAUAAUGCCAUACAAGGUGGUAGUAAGGAUAUUGUAGAUCUUCUGCUUGAUUAUGGUGCUGACCCUCAUCAGAGGAAGAACAAUGGGGCCACCUCCUUCAUCAUAGCUGGGAUUGAGGGAAAUGUGGAGCUGCUCAGACUUUUCCUUUCCAAGGGAGCAGAUGUCAAUGAGUAUGAUUCUAAUGGCUUCACUGCUUUCAUGGAAGCUGCUGAGCAUGGUAAUGUUGAAGCUUUAAAGUUUCUUUAUGAGAAUGGAGCAAAUGUGAAUUUGCAUCGAGAGACAAAGGAUGAUCAAAAGCUACUUGGGAAAGGAGGGGGCACAGCUCUCAUGGAUGCUGCUAAAAGAGGCCACAUUGAUGUCUUGAGAAUUCUCCUGGAAAAGAUGAAUGCAGAAGUCAAUGCCUGUGACAAUAUGGGUAGAAGUGCCUUGAUCCAUGGUAUUCAGAGCUCUCCUGAUGAGAAGGUCAAAGAUAUUACCUGCCUUCUGCUGGACCAUGGGGCUGAUGUUUGCUUGAGAGGAGAAAGAGAGAAGACACCCCUGAUCUUGGCAGUGGAAAGGAAGCAUAUUGGUUUGGUGCAGCUGCUCCUGGAACAAAAACAUAUAGAGAUAGAUGCAAAAGAUGGCAAAGGGAGAACGGCACUGCUGGUUGCUGUUAAUCUCAAUAUGAAGGCGAUUGUCAAGUUGCUGUGCAAGAAGGGAGCCAACACAGAUUGCGGAGAUCUUGUCUGGAUGGCAAAGCGUAAACAUCAUGACAAUGACCUUGCAAAACUUCUUUGCUCUUAUGGAGCCCGAGACUAUUUCCAACCCCCUGAUGAAGACUGGAAGCCUCUGAGUUCACGCUGGGGGAAAGACCUGAAAAAACUCUAUAGAAUGUACCACCGUAACACUGGAAAACUCAAAAUCUUUAAGGGUGAAGACUACAAAAUUGCCAAAACUUCUAAAGGGGAUGUCUACCUGGGGUUCUUUGAGGGGCAAGAAGUAGCUGUGAAGGUAUUCCGUGAAGGCAGUGAACAUGCAGAAAGGGAAAUGGAUUGCCUACGACACAUCCGAGAGCACAGUAACUUGCUGACAUUCUAUGGGAGUGAGAGUGAUGGGGUAUGGUUGUAUGUGUGCAUAGCCCUCUGCGAAGAGUCUCUGGAAGAGCACUUGGAUAAGCAUAGAAGAGAUUACAUGGAGGAUGAGGAGGAUACAUUUGCCCGAAAUGUCCUAGCAUCUAUAUUUAAGGCUGUUCAAGAACUACACUUGCAUGAAUAUAUUCACCAGGAUUUGCAGCCAGGAAACAUCUUAAUAGAUUCAAAGAAAGCUGUUCUCCUGGCAGAUUUUGAUCAGAGCAUCAAGUGGACUGGAGAUCCCCAGGAAAUCAAGAGUGAUCUAGAGGCCCUUGGAUGGCUAGCCCUUUAUGUGAUAAAGAAGGGAGAGAUUCCUUUUGAGAAGCUGAAGGCUCGAAGUAAUGAACAGGUGCUUCGACUUUCUCCAGAUGAGGAAACUAAGGACCUCAUUCAUCACUUGUUCUUCCCUGGGGAAAAUGCAAGAGACUAUCUGAACAACCUUCUGGGUCAUCCCUUCUUUUGGACUUGGGAGAACCGCUAUAGGACACUUCGGAAUGUAGGAAAUGAAAAUGACAUCAAAGUGAGAAACUCUGAUGGUGACAUCCUCAAACUGCUACAACCUGAGUCAUCUGAAUGUUCCAGAAGUUUUGAUAAGUGGAAAGAUAAGAUUGAUGAAUUCCUUAUGGAAAAAAUGGAUAGCUUCUAUAAAAAAAGUGGCAAUUUUUACCAGAACACUGUGGGUGAUCUGCUGAAGUUCAUCCGGAAUAUCGGAGAGCAUAUUGAUGAGGAAAAAAAUAAAUGGAUAAAGAAAAUAAUUGGAGACCCUUCCCAUUAUUUUCAGAAGACAUUUCCAGAUUUGGUGAUUUAUGUCUAUACAAAACUGCAGAACACAGAAUACAAAAAGCACUUUCCCCAAAUCUAUAAUCCAUCCAACCUGCAGUGUGACCAAGGCAUUCAGAACAGCAGGUUGGCUGGAUCAGAGUGCUGACUGAGUCUUUCAUGUUCAAGUUGCCACUUAGAAGUUGUGUGGUUCCUGGCAAGUCACAAACCUCUGACCUCUUAACUGACCCAUUCAUUGCCCAUGAGGGAUGAGCUGGAUGCCUGAUAUGUCAGUUUCUAUCACAGUGCACUCCACUCAACUGCUUUAGCCCCCAAACUGCUUUAGUUCAUUUUAUUUUAUUAUUUUUUUUGAGUCAGAGUCUCACUAUGUAGUUCAGGCUGGCCUUG